AUGCACAGCGCGGCUAAGACCCCACAGACCCAGUUGCCGACCGAUAAACAAGCUGAACGACUUGCCAAAUUAGAAGCUUGGAAGAAGAAGAUGGCGAACAAGGCCAAGGAGGCUGACGCUACGCCUGGAAGCACCAGAAAGCUCCUAGCAGAGAUGGAUGACAAGGCCAAUGGCACUCCACAGUCCGUACCGGAUGCGUCUCCUGCCGUUGCUUACACUGGCAAGUUUGACCCUAAGGCAAUCGCUAAGAAGGCUGCCCCUCGUCACGCUUCUCCUGCAGCACUAGGAUUUAUCAAAGGCCAACCGGCCGAAGUGGGCACUGUGGCCCCUAGCAGCACUGCGAAAGGCAAGCCCAUUAGUGGUUUUGGUUUCCAUAAGGCCAAUGUUACUACAGAAAAAUUGCCUGCUAAACGCCAACUGAUACUGGAUGAUGAGGAAACCUCCAAGCGCAAGCUAGCUAAGCUUCCUGAUAUGUCACUUGAAGAUGCAGAUGCCACCCCUUUUGCUAAUCAAGAUGAUGAUGAUGAUGAUGACGAUUUUGACGGCGAUAACUUCGCUGGAACAGAAGAGGAAGCCGCGGCGGCAGCUCGAGCUGCACACGACCGCCGAGAAGAGCGCAUAUUACAGCAAAGCAUGACCAUGCAAGUCGAUGAGAGUGAGAAGGAAAAUGAUAGCUCUGCUCCAGUCAACGGCGAAGCGCCCGCGGAAGAAUCCGCGCCUCUAGUUGAGGAAGCUAUGGAAGUUGAUGAUGAUGUCGAUCCCCUCGAUGCAUUUAUGGCAGGGCUUGAAGAAGCCGGUCCUAAGGCUACAAAUGGCUCGUUCCGGAAGGCGACAAAUGGUAAGAAGUCUGUCGAACCGGAAGCCUACUUCUCAGACGAUGAGUAUGAUUACAUGGCCAAGGACGACGCAAACCCCGACUCGAUUCUCGCUAUGGCGGCCAAGCGUAAGAAGAAGGAUAUCCCAACCAUUGAUUACAGCAAGAUCGAUUUGAAUCCCAUUCGGAAGAAUUUCUGGGUCGAACCGUAUGAACUUGGCCAGCUGACGGAGGAGGAGGUCACUGAGCUUCGAGUGGAAUUAGACGGCAUCAAAGUCACUGGCAAGGAUAUUCCUAAACCCGUGCAGAAAUGGUCACAAUGCGGACUGACUCAACCCAUGCUCAAUGCAAUUGAGAAUUUGGGUUAUGACAAGCCAACUCCCAUUCAAAUGCAAGCCUUGCCCGUAAUCAUGUCUGGUCGCGAUGUCAUCGGCGUAGCCAAGACCGGAUCUGGUAAGACAAUGGCUUUUCUUCUUCCUAUGUUUCGACAUAUCAAGGACCAGGAUCCUGUCAAGGACGACGGUCCAAUUGGCCUGGUUCUCACGCCGACCCGAGAACUCGCAACACAGAUAUUUAGAGAUUGCAAGCCUUUCUGCAAUGCGCUUGGCCUACGCGCGGUAUGUGCUUAUGGUGGGCCUCCCAUAAAGGACCAGAUCGCUGAGCUCAAGCGCGGCGCUGAGGUGGUUGUGGCAACAACUGGCCGUUUCAUCGAUCUGCUCGCUGCGAAUCAGGGCCGUGUGGUCAAUCUCAGAAGAACGACUUACAUUGUGCUUGACGAGGCGGACCGCAUGUUUGAUAUGGGGUUUGAGCCGCAAGUCAUGAAGAUUUUCGCCAAUAUCAGACCUGAUCGGCAGACGGUUCUGUUCUCAGCUACCAUGCCCAGAAUCAUCGAUGCUCUCGUCAAGAAAGUCUUGAAAAAUCCAGUUGAGAUUACUGUUGGUGGAAGAAGUGUCGUGGCCCAAGAGAUUACUCAAGUUGUGGAACAUCGAGAGGAGAAGGACAAGUUUCUUCGACUCCUGGAACUCCUCGGCGAGCUUUAUGUUCACGAUGAUGAUGUUCGUGCAUUGAUAUUCGUUGAACGACAGGAGAAAGCAGACGACCUACUCAGAGAACUCCUUCGAAAAGGUUAUGGAUGUAUGUCCAUUCACGGAGGCAAGGAUCAGGUUGAUCGUGACUCUACCAUCGCAGAUUUCAAGAGUGGUGUUUGCCCAGUUUUGAUCGCGACAUCUGUGGCGGCGCGUGGUCUUGAUGUUAAGCAGCUGAAGCUCGUUGUCAACUACGAUGCGCCAAACCAUCUUGAAGACUACGUCCACCGCGCUGGUCGUACUGGUCGUGCUGGUAACACAGGUACUGCUGUUACGUUUGUCACAGAAGAGCAGGACAACUGUGCUCCGGGUAUUGCCAAGGCUCUGGAGCAAAGUGGUCAGCCAGUUCCUGAAUGGUUAGAUCAAAUGCGUAAGUCAUUCAGAGAGAAGGUGAAGUCAGGUAAAGCCAAAGAUCAGUCUGGCUUCGGCGGAAAAGGCCUUGAACGACUCGACAAAGAACGGGAAGCCGCCCGUCUUCGAGAACGUAAGACACAUAAAGCUGAGGGUGAGGAGGAAGAGGUUAAAGAGGAGGCACCAGCCGACGAUGAGAAGACAACCAAGGCAGCCACCGCUAUCCAAUCCGCUGCCUCUGCCAUCGUCUCAAGAGACAGCGCACCAAAGGCCGAAGAUGACUCUAAGGCACCUGCAAAGAGCACACCUACCACAGCUGCUGCUGCCCCAGCAGCUAGUGGAGUUAAGGGGGCGCUUGACAAGGCCGCCCAAGCUGUCAACGAUAUUAACGCACGUCUCGCACGUGCUGGCCAGCUUCGCCCAGGUCAGCCAAUUGACAACAAGGGGCCAGACGCCGGUGCCUUCCACGCAACACUGGAAAUCAACGACUUCCCUCAGAAAGCCAGAUGGGCUGUUACCAACCGCACGAAUGUUGCUAAGAUCCUCGAGGCCACUGGUACAUCCAUCACAACCAAGGGUACAUUCUACGCCGCGGGCAAAGAACCCCCAGCCGGCGCCGAACCCAAGCUAUACAUUCUUAUUGAGGGUGAUACUGAGGUGGUUGUCAGUAACGCGCUCACAGAACUAACCAGGCUACUCAAAGACGGCACGGUUGCCGCCGCAGAAGCCGAGAGUCGUGCUCCUGCAAGCGGUCGCUACACAAUUACUUGA